GUAUUUAUAAGUGUUUCUAUUAUAUUUACAUUUAGGUUUAUUUAUACAAUGGCAACUGGAACAGGGAAAUGUACAUUUGGUACUCGACCGCCGAUUGAUAUCCACAUGCUCAAUGAAAUUAUAUACAGGGAGGUCAAACAUUUCCGUAAUUACAAGACAUAUCGACCUAAUUUCAAAGGUGUACCUUUAGCUUCUAAGUUCUACGCAGCCCAUGACCAGUUGGAAUCAAGUGGUGAAGAGAGUUUGAAAGUAGAUGAAUAUUGUCGAAAUGUGGGACUGGCUAGAGAACUAGGGCCGCUCAGCAAAUACCCUUUACCAAUUACGACAAGUCACGAGUACGGUUGGUAUACCAAGCCCCUCUAUCCAAUGGAUCGCAAUGAUCGUCGUUUCUAUCUACCGAAGAGAGAAAGCCCACACACUAAAAUAGAAGUGGUCAUACUAAUGUCAAAUCCAAGACAAAGGAAAGCUUGAAGUAACUCAGCGGUGGAAAAACUGAAAUACCUUUUCACAGUGUCAUUUAUUAAUUUUAGUAUAUCUACUUUAGAAAUCAUUUUAG